AUACUAUAAUAUGAGGAAAACUAUGAUAGCAUAGCACUUAAAAUAAAGAAACACUCCACAAGCUCUCUCCUAAAGCCACGGCUUUUUGCAACUCCUACCAUUCGCAGUGUAACAAACUAGUUCCUCCAUGCUGAAAUCAACGUUCUCCCCAAUUUUCUGGGUGCUUGCUCCUAAACCCAAAUAUCCAAAACUAUCACCCCAUGCAAUCACCAACACUUUUUCAAACCGCACACCAGUUGUUCGACACAAUUCCUCUAUGAAACACCCCAUUAUCACAGCGCCACUUCCUUCUUCAGCUUACAUUCACCUACCUUUCUGUCGAAAACGUUGCCACUACUGUGACUUCACCAUCAUUGCUCUAGGCUCCGCCGCUUCAACCCAAACAGACAAUGACCCGCGAGUCUUAAACUACAUACAAUGGCUUUGCAGAGAAAUUAACGCAACCGAAGUUGAAGAAGUUUCCAAGACACCCCUUCAAACGGUCUAUUUUGGGGGUGGAACACCCUCCCUCGUCCCUCCAAGCAUGGUUUCCUUGGUUAUGGAGUCACUGAGGAAGAAAUUCGGGUUGAGUGAGGAUGCUGAAAUCUCGAUGGAAAUGGACCCGGGCACGUUUGAUGCUAAGAAGAUGCGAGAGAUGAUGUUGUUGGGAGUGAACAGAGUGUCUUUGGGAGUUCAAGCAUUUCAGGAGAAGCUGUUGAUGACUUGUGGGAGGGCACAUGGUGUGAAAGAAGUGUAUGAGGCUAUUGAUAUUGUAAAAUCAUGUGGGGUUGAGAAUUGGAGUAUGGAUCUCAUAGCUUCACUGCCUCAUCAGACUCUUGAUAUGUGGGAGGAAAGUCUAAGGCUCACCAUUGAGGCACAACCAAAUCAUGUUUCUGUUUAUGAUUUGCAAAUAGAGCAAGGAACAAAAUUUGCAAGACAGUAUUCACCUGGGGAAUUCCCACUUCCUUCUGAGACACAAUCAGCUGAUUUCUACAAGAUGGCAUCAAGAAGACUUUAUGAAGCGAGUUAUAACCACUAUGAAAUCAGCAGCUACUGCAAGAGUGGAUAUGAGAGCAAACACAACUUUACCUACUGGGAGAACAAGCCUUUCUAUGGUUUUGGCCUCGGCUCUGCUAGUUUUAUUGGAGGGUUGAGGUUUUCAAGACCAAAGAAGGUGAACGAUUACGUGAGUUAUGUGCAGAAUCUGGAAAAUGGAUUAGUAAAUAGCUCAGCUGAUGAAGACAAUCUUGUCAAGGACAGAGCCAUGGAUGUUGUGAUGCUGUCCCUAAGAACUUCAAGAGGACUGGACUUGAAGUGUUUCCAAGAAUCAUUUGGCAGCUCUGUUGUUUUGUCUCUGAUUGAGGCUUAUAAACCUUAUUUUGAGAGUGGACAUGUGGUUUGCUUGGAUGAGCAGAGGAGAACUAUUAGUAUAGAUGAUGAUGGCCUCAGCAAUUCUCUGUUGGGUAAAACUAACACAGAGAGGAGGCUGGUCUAUUUAAGGUUAAGUGAUCCAGAAGGUUUCCUCUUAUCUAAUGAGUUAAUAGCCCUUGCUUUUGGAGUUAUUGACUCUUGGAAGGAUUGCCCUCCAUGCCAAGAGGCUACUUGAAAGCAUGGCUGUCUAUUUUCUUAAAGCAAUACACAAGUUAUAGCUGAUGAUGUCUAACAAUAACUUUUUGCCUGUAUAUUUUCCCUGUUUUUGUUUGAUGGCAGGAAUGGAUUCUGUAACAGUAGCAUUUUUAAGAAAAAAACCUGUACGGAGAUCUAACCUCACCACUAUGUGGGUGUUCAUGA